UGUCUCCCAGGGCCCCAACCUCCAGACCCUUCUUUCCUCCCUCCUCUCUCGUCCCCUGUUUCCGCCCUCAUCUCGCCCGUUACCACAUCAACCACCGUCGCUUCUCUUGGCCUGGUUGUUUUCGUCGCCCGCCGUAAACGUCACUGCUGGCCGUGCUUCAGACCCUCUCCACUCUGCUCUGCUUCUUCCCCUUGUUCUUUGCGAUUACUUGCAGCUUGCGCUUGUGGUUCUCCAUCCUGCAAGAUCGUCCAUUCCUGACAACUUGCGACGUCAUCUCCCAUAACUGAGACAAUCACACAAACUGCAAAAUAUUGCGUCACAAUUGGCCACCUGGGCUCCAUCAAUCCUCGCCACCACUAACAACAACAACAACCCCUGGAUAUCAUCCUCCAACUUCCCUCGUCCAUCUCACAUUCUUUGCACCCUCAUCCAUCUCGUCCACCAAACCUCAACACAGCUUCCCAGCUUACUCCUGUCAUCAUGUCGACUCCCCGGACCAAGCGGCAAUUCGCUGGCAGCUCUGCCGACCCUGCGCAGCGCCAGAUCACUUCCUUCUUCAACAAGUCUACCAGCGGCGCUCCCACCACCAAUGCUGAAGCUGUCCGCACGCCUGAACUUCCCUCGUCCGUCCAGGCCAAUCUCCUGAGCGUCGGCAUGCGAGUCCGCAAAUCCGUCCCCGAGGGCUACAAGACUGUUGGCCCCAGCGCCUUCAAGCUCUGGACAGACAAUGCCCCUCUGCCUACCCCCUCCACUGCCCGUGCCCCCAUCAAAGCCUCCUCCCGAGAGCUGCUGCCCUUCUGCGGUAUCAACAGAGUCGGCGGAUUGGACACUCAGCCUGAAUUUGAGAGCGACUUUUUCGAUGUUCCCGAAUUGGAUGCCAUCCCUGAGCUCACCAUGUCGCAAGAGAGCACCGAGAGCGUCGAUUCCUCACCUGAGACCUCCCGCAAGCGAAUCUUCGAUGACGAGGAGGAUGUUGACUUGCGCCGCCAGGCUAGUCCUGGCACCCUGACCCCCGGCGGCAAUGCUAGGGCAAUGGCUGUCCCGCGCUCCCGAGCGAAGAAGCCUGUGCCCUUCAAGGGCUUCGGCCAGGAGAACAUGGCUGUGGAUGAAGACUUCGAAGAUGCCGAUUUCCUCGUGUACAGCGCUGAGAGGGAGAUGGACCUCGCCAACUAAUGAUGGUCCAUCCCUAUCUAUGCCGGGGGUAACUGAACCGUUUAAUGCAUUUUAUGUUUACAGUAUUGUAUGUAUGAAUUUUGGGUGGGAUUUUGAAUUUUGGUGUAUGGCGUUGAAGGUAUUAAAGAUACAUGAGCUCCAGAGCAGGCUGUAGGACUACGGAGCGAUGCGGAUAUCAUCAAUUGGGUGAGGAUUCGGCACCUCGUGGAAGUGAAAAUAAAAUUAUAACGUUGAUACGAGA